AAAAGUCACACAGUCCAUCGUCCACCAAGAGUUGCUGGGGGGCGGCGCUGAGAAACGAAAGAUCAAAAUGGAAUUAUACCAGCUCAAUGUCUACGGUUCACCUUUCUCGCAUCUUUCUUUACACAGUUCUAAUGGUAGCGGCCGUGGCAGGUAAAGGUUCAUUUUACAUGCCACAUGAAAAUACUAUGGUUGGUUCACUCGCAGGCGAACUCGUCCAUCGCAAAAUCGAUGUCCGAAUCCUCUCAGCAGCCAUGCGUUGGCUACGUUUCGUUUUUCUCUGAUGUUGAGCACGAAGCUCGUGUGGUCACAUCUUGCCAUCAUGUCACCCUGACCAACAAUUCGUACUUCAUCAGAGAGACCGAUGCCCCUUCUCUUACCCUGUCUACAUCAUCACUGCACAACCAGACGCUGGCAGAGGCCGUCUACAAGCUCAUGACUAACAAUCACAUGCUACCUAGUGGGGGAUAUCUUGGCAUUGGCCUCUGCCGCCAGAAUCCGGUCACGGACUCCGGGUACAGAUGUCACAGGUUUCCGCAAUUAUCUGAAAAGCCCAGAUGCUGCACUUGGCUGUGUUUUAUCCGCUUUUGGCGUGUCCUGGGAUGUCCGUGUGUUUUAUCACUGUGUAGGUUCCAGAGUACCUGCACAAACACAUCGUUAGCCUCUCGAAAUGCAAUGGUCUGGCGCCCAGGUAGUGGAACUCCAAGGCGUCUUAUCAUAACUCCGACGACUUACCCAAGCAUCCCGUCGAGCUCACAGAGGUGACGAACCUCUCUGGUAGCCGUUCUAGCAAGUCUGUACAUUACACAUGGCAACGAGCCAAUGAUUGGUACCCUGUAUGUGAACCUGUGUAUCAUUGUCGAUCUUCCUGCCCCUGGAAGUCGCUCAAUCCACAGAUUCAUGUAGUAGGACUUUCAGUACAGCAACUUUCAUCGUUACCCAUGCAUCACCUCUCGAGACCAACGUGACUUGUGGUAUAUUAUACAAGCAUCACUCACGUAUACCUGUCGUGAAGUAAUCUGUAAGAACACAGCUACCACCAGUUGUGAUUGCAGUGUGCCAUUGAAGGGUCACCAAUGCCACCACUGUUGGUGGCAAGUGUAUUAUUCGGCGGGCUGGUGGGUCUGAGAACUUGGCCUCUGCGAGUCACAGGAGAUUAUACUUAGAAUUUGGGGUGAGCACCCUAAGUAGUCGUAUAAACGACC